AGACUGAUGUUAAACUCAGUCAGAAACUACAUCAUGAUCAUUUUCCUCUGUGUCACUCUGAAUGUUUUCAUCGUCUCAGGGGUCUCUGUCGGCAAAGAGGUCAACCAGGAUCCAUCUGAUGUGAUCAAGAGACUGGGUGAACCGGCAAUAUUUAACUGCAGACAUAAAAUUAGUGGCUAUAACCGAAUCCUCUGGUACAAACAGUUGGAAGAUGGACAGAUGGAGUACCUGGGAUACAUGAACGUAAAUACAGGAUAUCCUGAAGACAAAGACAAAGUGAGCAUAACAGGGAAUGCAAAUGAAAACGAGAACUGCACAUUAACAAUCAAAGAAGUGGAUCUGAACAGCAGUGCAGUGUAUUUCUGUGCUGCUAUUCACAGCCCCUUACACCUGUUUCAAAGUCCUCUAACCAGUGUGGGUCUUUACUUCUCAUCCAGAUCAGAUACUAUGAUGGGAGGUUUGGAGACAGCAGCCUCAGACUUUCACUCAAACUUUCUAUCUGUAGUGAUGGAGACUUCUGAGGUCCAGAUCUCCUGCAAACACAACGACAACAACCUUGAACUGAUGCUCUGCUGUCACAGAAAUAGCAGCAGUGAGCUGGUGGUGUUGGAGCCGAGCUGCACAGCUGCUCUCUCAGGCUCACAGAGAUGGAGGCUGAGAUACGGCGGAGCAGAGAAACAAACUGGCACUCUUCAGUUCAGCUCAGAGCUUUUUGACAUUAAGCCUGAGCGCUGUGCCGAUUACGAAGCUUACUUCGGCGCUGGGACUAAACUGACUGUCCUCGCUCGAGCUCUGUGUCAGUACGAAGCUUAUUUCAGCCCUGGGACUAAACUGACUGUUCUCGCUCGAGCUCUGUGUCAGUACGAAGCUUACUUCAGCCCUGGGACUAAACUGACUGUUCUCGCUCGAGCUCUGUGUCAGUACGAAGCUUAUUUCAGCCCUGGGACUAAACUGACUGUUCUCGCUCGAGCUCUGUGUCAGUACGAAGCUUACUUCAGCCCUGGGACUAAACUGACUGUUCUCGCUCAAGCUCUGUGUCAGUACGAAGCUUACUUUGGCCCUGGGACUAAACUGACUACACUGUAUAAACACUCGUACAGGCUGGCUGAUCUGAAAGAUGUAUUUGAAGUCCUGGCUUGUAAAGAAAGAGAGUUGGAAGAAUCUUUAAGCAGACGGAUUAACAGAGACAUCAGGAAGAGUUUUUGUCACGGAGGAAAGUCACUGUGCUCAUACACCGAGGCUUACUUUGGAGCUGGAACUAAACUCACUGUUUUAGAUGAGGAUCGUAACAUCACUGAACCAAAGGUCACACUUUUUCCUCCUUCAAAAAAGGAGUGUGGAGGGAAGACAGACCAGAAAAAGAAGACGAUCGUCUGUGUGGCCAGUGAAUACUACCCGGACCACAUCGUCUUCUCCUGGUUUUUGAACGAUGAAGAAAUCAACGGAAGGAUGGUCAUUAACAGCAGCGCCGUGAAGGAAGACGAGACCUACAGUAUCAGCAGCAGGCUGAGGGUCACUGCUGAAGAGUGGCACAGCCCUGAGAAUAAUUUCACCUGCAAAGUCAGCUUCUGGGGCGAGGAAGGAUGGCUCAAUCAAACUGCUUCUGUCAAUGGAGAAGAAGACACAGCCAAAAAAGGAGUCCCAACGAGAGAGAAAUACCUGAAGGUCACACAGAGCGCCAAACUCUGCUACACCGUCCUCAUCGUCAAGAGCUGUAUCUACGGAGGCUUCGUGGCUCUGCUGCUGCUGAAGCUUAAGGGAAGAAAGCAGAAGAAGUGAGAGCGGAGAGCUGAGGCCGGAGAGGAGAACUCUGCGUCUUCAGUCGUGUGUUCAAGAAUGUAAAUAAGAGCUGGAAGCUUUGAAGCUGAAUGAAGAAAUCUCUGCGCGAGCUUUACUCACUGGGGAGCUUAAAUCUGUCACAACAUAUGUUCAGAACGGGCUAACAGGGCCGUCCUCGUCAUUUAGCUUUCUGUACUUACAGAAACAAAGACGUAUGUCAUUAUAGCUUCACGUAUUUAGUUUAUUCUGGCUGUUUGACUCUGAAAACCUCAUAUUUGUGUUCCUGAAAGUCAAACUGAAGUUACAAGAGAGGGGCAUAACCUGCAGCUUUGCAGUCUGAGUGCAGCACAUUGAUUGUUUUCUCUGUACUGGAGUUACCAUAAGUUGUAUCAUCGCUUUAAAAUCAAAAUAAAACUCACUUUAACGAUAA